AUGGCCGCCGCCUGCUGCUACGGCACCCUCGAGACCGUGCCCUACUCCAACCGCACCCACUUCAUCGUGCUCACCCCCGGCGGCGAGCGCCGGGCCGGCGAGUUCCAGUUCGCGCGCAUGAAGGAGUUGAUGGACGAGGAAGGGAAGGCGAUCCUCCCGGAGUCCCACCCGGACAGCGUCCGCGUCACACGCCUCGCCAUGGAGAUCGUCCGCGCCGCGCACAAGGGCUUCGACGCCGGACCGGAGAAAUCGCCGUACGGGGUAGUCGAGGACUCUUUGGAGGCUGCCGCACAGAGAGACAAUGAUGACAGGUUGGUUAAAGCCGGGAGCAAGAAGAAGAGGAAGAAGAAGAAGGAGCCGCAGACGAAGCACCUGGAUGGGCUCAACUGGGAGGUGGUCCUCGUCGAGGACAAGAAUGUCAACGCGUGCUGCUUGCCCGGGGGCAAGAUUAUGGUCAACACUGGCUUCCUUCGACAUUUCAAAACCGAUGCUGAGCUCGCCACUGUGCUUGGGCACGAGGUUGGGCACAUCAUCGCAAGGCAUGCGGCAGAGCAGAUCACCAAGAACAUGUGGAUAUUCAUCCUGGAGCUUUUCCUCCUCAUUUUCUGCGACGACGACGAAAACAAUCCUAAAAAUAUCGCGACGCUUACGGAGUUAAUCCUCAAAAAGCCCUUCUCACGCAAGAUGGAGUUAGAGGCGGAUCACAUUGGAGUCCUAUUAUUGGCUGCGGCUGGUUAUGACCCGCGUGACGCCCCUGCAUUCUAUGAGAAGCUAGGAAAGACCGGAGGGGGAAAAGACUGGGCAGAUUUCCUAUCAACUCAUCCUUCGAGCAAAAAAAGGGCACAGAAUUUGUCGCAAGACAAAGUCAUGGAUAAGGCCAUGGAGUUGUACAGAGAAGUUGUUGCUGGCAGAGAGAGCAAAGGUUUCUUCUUUGUGUUUCGUUAA